AUGGUACUGUUGGUGAGCGGCGGAAAGGAAGGUGGAAAAUGGGUUAUUCCUGGAGGUGGCGUUGAGCAAAACGAAUGUGCUGAGGAAGCAGCUCGUCGUGAGCUGGAAGAAGAAGCCGGCGUGAAGGCGCGGGCGGUCGAAGUCAUAGGCCUUUUCCAGGAUGACGAUCGAAAGCAUCGUACUACAGUUUUUCUUAUGGAAGUUGAAGAAGAACUGAGCGUUUGGCAAGAGGGAGAAUAUGGUCGGCGGCGAAUCUGGUUGCCAUUGAACGUUGGUGCCGAAGUUGUCAAAAUGGCACAUCGACCGAUUCUGAACGCCGUACUUGCACGGUAG